GCCGAGCCCGGAGCCAUGGAGGGGCCCGGCCAGGAGGCCUACGAGGAGGGCAUGAGGAGGACCCUCGACCCUGAGGGCUACGAGGAUCCCGGCCUGAAGGACUCCCGCCUGUCGCUGGGGGAGAUGAGCACUGAGUCAGUGACCAAUGUGGACCCGGAGGCGUCGGGGAGCAGGAGGCUCCUGUCCCAGCAGAACACCCAUGAGGGCUAUGUGGAGCUCCACGAGCUGGUCAUGGACAGCUCGAAGGACUUGUGCUGGAUGGAGGCUGGCCACUGGCUCAAGCUGGAGGAGGAUUUCCAGGAAUCGGGGCAGUGGAGCCAGCCCCAUCUCUCCUUCCUGACCUACCGCAACCUCCUGGAGAUCCGACGGGCCUUGAACAAAGGUGCCAUUCUCCUCGAUGUGGCGGCCAACUCAAUGGCAGCCAUCGUCAACGUCCUCAUCGACCAGAUGAUCUACGAGGGGCAGUGGAAGCCGCAGGACCGGGAGGACAUCCUGAGGACGCUGCUCCUGCGGCACAGCCACCCCAGUGAGGGGGAGUCGGUGUGGACGCUGCCGCCGGCGCUGCUGCAGCGCUCGGGCACCCGCCGGGACGACGUGGAGCAGCCGCUGAUGAGGGAACAGCAGCCCAUGGAGAUGAGCAAACUGUCAGGGACUGAGCAGAGUGGGGCCUCCAAACCCCAACUCCCAGAGAAGAUCCCUGCGGACGCUGAGGCCACCCUGGUCCUCGUGGGUGAGUGGACACCCCAUCCCCACGGGGACGCCCAGGGGUGCCGGAGCCGGCUGAGCACCCAUCCCCGGGCGAUCCCACAGGUGUUUCGCCGGGAUGCCUACCUGGCCGAGGGCCGGCAGGACCUGGUGCGGGCGGUGGAGGAAUUCCUGGAGGCCAGCAUUGUCCUGCCUCCCACCGAGACCCCCAACGAGCAGCUGCUCCGCGCCCUGGUCCCGCUGCAGCGCGAACUCCUCCGCCGCCGCUACCAACCCCCCGAGAAACCGCCCAGCGAGGCCUUCCUGAAAGACCUGGGGCUGGAUGCAGCGCCGGCGGAGGACGACGACCCCCUGCGCAGGACGGGGCGGCCCUUUGGGGGGCUGGUGCGGGACAUCUGCCGCCGGUACCCCAAAUAUCUCAGCGACAUCAAGGACGCCCUCAGCCCCCAGUGCCUGGCCGCUGUCAUCUUCAUCUACUUCGCGGCGCUGUCACCUGCUGUCACCUUCGGAGGCUUGCUGGGUGAGAAGACCAAGGGCAUGAUGGGGGUGUCGGAGCUGCUCAUCUCCACCUGCGUGCAGUGUGUGCUCUUCAGCCUCCUCAGUGCCCAGCCCCUCCUUGUCGUUGGAUUCUCAGGACCCCUCCUCGUCUUCGAGGAAGCCUUCUUUGGGUUCUGCAACAGCAAUGGCUUGGAAUACAUCGUGGGCCGGGUCUGGAUUGGCUUCUGGAUGAUCCUGCUGGUGCUGGUGGUGGUGGCCUUCGAGGGCAGUUUCCUGGUGCACUUCCUGUCCCGGUACACCCAGGAGAUCUUCUCCUUCCUCAUCUCCCUCAUUUUCAUCUUCGAGACCUUCUCCAAGCUGGUCACGAUUUUCAAGCAACACCCUCUGAAGCGGGAGUACAGCGUGAAGGCUGACUUUGACCCCUCGGAGCCAGAGCCCAACACGGCCCUGCUGUCCCUCAUCCUCAUGGCCGGCACCUUCUUCCUGGCCUUCUUCCUCCGCAAGUUCAAGAACAGCGCCUUCCUGCCGGGCAAGGUCCGGCGCUUGAUCGGGGACUUUGGGGUGCCCAUUUCCAUCUUCAUCAUGGCCCUGGCCGACUUCUUCAUCAAGGACACGUACACACAGAAACUGAGCGUCCCCAAAGGGCUGGAGGUCACCAACUCGUCCGCCCGGGGCUGGUUUAUCAACCCCAUGGGGCUGCACGAAAAAUUCCCCAUCUGGAUGAUGUUCGCCUCCGUGGUGCCCGCCCUCCUGGUCUUCAUCCUCAUCUUCCUCGAGACCCAGAUCACCACCCUCAUCGUCAGCAAGCCCGAGAGGAAGCUGGUGAAGGGCAGCGGCUUCCACCUGGACCUGCUGCUGAUCGUGGCCAUGGGGGGGCUGGCGGCCCUUUUCGGGAUGCCCUGGCUCAGUGCCACCACCGUGCGAACCAUCACCCACGCCAACGCCCUCACCGUCAUGAGCAAGGCCUCCUCUCCCGGAGAGAAAUCCCAGAUCCUGGAGGUCAAGGAGCAGCGCAUCAGCAGUUUGUUGGUGGCCGUGCUCAUCGGCGUCUCCAUCCUCAUGGAGCCCAUCCUGAAGUACAUCCCGCUGGCCGUGCUCUUCGGCAUCUUCCUCUACAUGGGGGUCACCUCCCUCUUUGGCAUCCAGCUCUUCGAUCGCAUCCUGCUCCUGCUGAUGCCCCCCAAGUACCACCCUGAUGAGCCCUAUGUCACCAGGGUGAAGACUUGGCGGAUGCACCUCUUCACCUUCACCCAGAUCAUCGUCCUUGUGCUGCUGUGGGUGGUGAAGUCCACCCCGGCCUCACUGGCACUGCCCUUCGUCCUCAUCCUCACCGUGCCCCUGCGGCGCUUCCUGCUCCCCAAGAUCUUCCGGGACAUCGAGCUCAAAUGUCUGGAUGCAGAUGACGCCGUGGUGACCUUCGAGGAGGAGGAGGGGACAGACGUGUACAACGAGGUGCAGAUGCCCAGUUAAGGGCCGGCCCCCCCGGCCCCCCAACACCCCCCCAGCCCCCCAACACGCUUAUAUCACCACUGCUGCCACCCCAGGGGCACUGGGCGACGGAGGAGGAUUUGGGGACACUGUCCCCACCUGCACGCCCCGGGAAUGGAAUUAUUUUUUUAGUUGUUUUUCCCUUUUUUUUUUGUCUAUUUAAAAAAAUAUUUUGGAUGGUGUGAUCUCACCCACACUCUGGGGAAAGGGCUGCCCAGGCUCAGGGGGUUCCACGAGCCACCCCCACCCCAUGGCAAGGUGGGAUGUGUCACCAUCCCAUCCCCGAGGCUGCCAGCGGGCACUGGGCAUGGGAAGGAGCUGGAGGAAGCUCCCAGCCCCCGGGGACACCCCAGGUCUGGCCCCUCUUCCCCAUAUGAACAUUCCAGCGAGCUGGGAAAGACCCUUCACCCCACGGAGCCCCUUCUCCCAUUUUCUCCAUCGUUUGCUCCAGUGGGAUCAUCCCAGCUGCUCCGCUGCGCUUCCAGCACCUCCCAGAGUUGGGAUGUAAAUAGUCCAGUGAGGGAGUUUACAUAUUUAGAAUACAAUAAUCAUGCUAAAAACAGCCAAAAAAAUUACUUAUAUUAUGCCGAUGCUUCUGCAGGUAGGAUUCACUCAUAGCCAAGCAAAAAUUCAAAAAAAAAAAAAAGGAUGAAAAAGCACCCUAAAAAUGAAAAAAAUGAGGAAAAAUAGAAAAAAAAAAAGCAGCUGCAAGGAGUGAUCUGUAUAUUUGAUGCUACUGGGGGGGUUGUAAUUUAUUUUUAGGGCUGGUUGUGCCCCUGCUGCAGCGGGGCCGUGUGUGUGUGUGUAUAUACUAGAGAAUUAUAUCAAAAUUC